CCUCACACACUUUCACUUUCUGAAUGUUAGUGAAACUAAAAGUAAACUGCUCGAACAACAGAAACUACAAAAGCAGGCCUAUUUUUUCCUAUAUUGGUUUGUUGCAUUAUUUGUAAUGGACAUCAAGGGAUCCUCAAGCAUCUGCCGCACAUGCCGCAAGGAGGUGCUUGUGGACAACCUGGCCCUCCAUGAGUCCCACUGCGGUCGGUUCUUGUGUCUCUGCCCUGACUGCGGCGAGACAGUGUCUAGAGAGCAGCUGGAGCAGCACCGGCUGGAGGAACACUCACAGAUCAAAUGUCCUGGGUGCGACCAACAAAUGGAGUGUCGCUCUCUGGUGGAUCACAAGGUCGAGGAGUGUACUGCGCGGCUGCUGUGCUGUGACUUCUGUGAGCUGGAGCUGCCGGUCAGGAGGCUUGAGGAGCACCAGCUGGUGUGCGGCAGCCGCACCGAGCACUGUAACACCUGCCACCGCUAUGUCCUGCUGAGGAACCUGGCCCAGCACACCCUCGCCUGCCCCGCCGCCGCUGGCCCCGCUGCCACCGCUGGCCCCGCCGCCACCGCUGGCCCCGCCGCCACCGCUGGCCCCGCCGCCACCGCUGGCCCCGCCGCCACCGCUGGCCCCGCCGCCACCGCUGGCCCACCUUCUUCCAUUCGUCAUCCUCGUCCUCCUCCGACCAACGCCAUGACGCCCGGGAAGACGGAUGUGAUUUGUAUUAGCUGUCUGGGCUUCUUCCCAGCUGAAGAUCUGGAGGAACACAAGCUGGGCUGUGCCCUCACAUCCGCCUUGAUCGAGGAAGAGGAGGGAGACGGGCUCCUGCCCUGCUCAUACUGUCAGCUGCUCCUCCCACGGGUUACGCUUCGCUGGCAUGAGCCUAAAUGUAGAAUCCAUCUCUUCAUGAAAUGAAGAUGCACUGUGCAAUGUUCACUGGACUCCAAUGGAGGGCCUUCAAAGAUGUCCGGCGGACCUCAACCAAUACCUGAUGCAAGCAUUUGUAAGAAAGAGGACACCUGAUUGAUUGAUAAUUUAUAUCUAAGCUACUAUUGCAUUUUUAUCAUUUGAACAGAAAGUUGUCUUCCAAAUAUAUGCUUACAUUAUUCUGUAAAACAUUUCUAUAGUUAUUAACCUACCCCACUUCAAAU